AGGCCCGGUAUCGUCGGUGCCUACACUGGGAGGGCGACGGGCCGACGGCGGUAGGGUCGACGGUGCCGACGGGCCGACGGCGCCGGCGCUGGCAGCGUUCCGGCUCCCCGCCGCUACCGUCAGCUGACUGGCCCGACCGGUGUGACGGCGACGGAGACUGCGGGUAUUCAAUGCGGUGGCGCCACCCUCCUACCGUUCCAGUCAGUCGUCCUGGAGCCUUCACCCACCCGCCAUGAAGUACCAGAGCACGCGAGGACUGGAGAAGGGCGUCUCCUUCAAGGAUGUCCUAUUUGCAGGAUACAGCAAGGAUGGCGGCCUGUACUUCCCGGAGAGGGUACCGAAGCUGUCUCAGGAGCAGCUGGAGUCGUGGUCGAAGCUCAGCUACCCAGACCUCCUGACCGAGAUCCUGUGUCUGUAUAUAGACCCGUCUGAGCUCAGCAGAGAACAAAUCAUCGAUCUGGCGACCGGCUCCUUCUCUCGUUUCGAAGUGCCCGAGGUUAUGAGGGUAGCAGAGCUGAAGAACGACCUACGAGUGUCCGAACUCUUCCACGGACCCACGCUGGCCUUCAAGGAUCUGGGACUCGGCGUGGUGGCUCGUUUGCUGGAGACGUUCCUGUCCGCCUCCGGUGAGCGGUGUCUGAUCGUGGUAGCCACCUCUGGCGACACGGGCAGCGCGGCCAUCCAGGCGGUGCGCGGCCUGGACAACAUCGACAUCGUGGUGCUGCUGCCGCACGGCCGGUGCACAGAGAUCCAGGAACUGCAGAUGACCACCUGCAUCGACGACAACGUGCACGUCUUCGCCGCGGACGGGAACAGCGAUGAAAUAGAUGUGGAAGUGAAAAGCAUAUUCGCCGAUACCGAGUUUGUCAAGAGGCAUCGUGUGAUAUCAUCCAAUUCCAUCAACUGGGCUCGAGUGCUAUCACAGAUGACGCACUUUUUCUACGGCUACUUCCGUACAUGCGCGAAAGUGGGUGACGUAGUCGAGAUGGUUCUGCCCACUGGAGCCGCAGGAAACAUUACCGCCGGCUGCGUGGCCGCCCGGAUGGGUCUGCCCGUCCGGCUGGUGGCGGCCGUCAACACCAACGACAUCGUCUACCGCAGCCUCAGCAGCGGCGAUUUCUCCAAGGCGGACGAGGUGGUGGUGUCGCUCGCACCGGCCAUGGACAUUCAGGUGCCUUACAGCAUGGAGAGGCUGAUGCUGCUGUUCAGCGACCACAACACGGAGCUGGUGAAGACGAUGAUGACGGAAUUUGAAGCCAACGGUCGGGUCCAAAUUGACGCUCAAGUUCUGAAGGAGAUGCAGAAAGUUAUUGUUGACGCCCAGGUGGUGCCGGACGACGCCAUCAGUUCUACGCUGACCCGCUGCUGGGAGGAGAACCAGUACACGCUGUGUCCGCACACGGCUACGGCCGCCCACUACCACUACUCCCACGUCAGGCCGGAUGGACCGCGGCGUCUUUGCGUGGCCACGGCCGGCCCGGACAAGUUCCCCGAGGCGCUGCAGGGCGCCGGGGUGCCGUUCCAGCCCUGCGAGAGGAUCCGCCAGCUGCACUCGAUGCCCACCCGCUCGGAGCCGAUGGAGCGCGGCCAGGACUGGGAAGCCAUGCUCCGACAGAAGAUCGAGGCAGUGUCAGCCGUCAGGGAGGCCGGCGGUCUGUAGAGGGUGCUGGCGGGCCGCCGAGAGAGGACGAUAGGAAGGAUGAUCCGGACGGUGCAUCGUGCUAAAAUGUUCGGGUCACCAGACCCUAUCUGCCUGAUCCUGGCCAUUGGUGCUACCGAAGUGUUAAAGAAUAUUUUUAUUGAAGCUUGUAGAAUGCAAUGAGACUGGAGUGGAAACUGAAAGGUACUGACUGCGAAGUGUGAGUCUGCAAGCGGUUGAUAGCGAGUGGGCAGGAGGAGAGAAGAAUCGACUAAAUAGAAUCGAUACCGCUUU